CACGGACACUGGCAGCAGAACACAAAUGCACAUACACCGACCGGCCGGCGUCCAAUGAUUGUUCCAGUAUUUUUCACACCUGUAAUCAAUACAGUAUUUUAAUCAAGCAAGAUGACACCUAAACGAAAAGCUGUAGGAUUCUUCGAAGCAAUUACUGGAUGGAAGAAAGCGAAGACCAGUACCUCAGAAGAGGAUGAUAAACCUUCGACCACUCAGGACGUCAUUGCUAAACUGAAGGACAGCGAGAGCAGGUCCGAAGAUAAGAAACGCAAGGUGGAUAGUUUUGUGCCAGCGGCAAAAACGUACGAGGUUUUUGAGGAUUAUGAUUGCUUGUUGAACCAGACAGAUAUUGGUCACAACAACAACAAAUAUUACAUCAUCCAGAUUCUGAAAAAGAUUGGCGCUCUCUCGUUCUAUACCUGGAACCGUUGGGGACGUGUGGGAGAACCUGGAGCCAAUGCAAUGAAGGGACCAUUUGGCUCCGCCGAACCAGCAAUCAAGGAUUUCACCAAAAAAUUCCAAGAAAAGACCCAAAAUAAGUGGGUGAAUAGAGACAGCUUUAGCCCAGUUCCAGGGAAGUACACCCUCAUUGAAAUGUCUUUAGAAGAUGAGGACGACACUCAAGCAGCGUCUAAGCCCCCUGUACCGACUGAGAAGUGUACUUUGGAUGCCCCUACCCAGGCUCUAUUGAAGCUGGUUUUCGACCGUGACAUGUUUAAAAACGCCAUGAAGAGUUUCGAUUUAGAUGUGAAUAGAAUGCCAUUAGGGAAGUUGAGUAAGACCCAGCUCGCGAAAGGCUUUGAGGUCUUGGAAGAGCUUGAGAAAGCUGUGGAAUCCACAAAUCGCCAGAAAAUGACGGAGCUUUCUUCCAAGUUCUACACCGUCAUCCCUCAUGAUUUUGGAAGGAAAGUUCCACCUUUGAUAGACACACAGGACAUUAUCCGACGAAAAUACGACAUACUGUUGGUCUUGAGUGACAUAGAAAUUGCACAGAGUCUAGAGAAGGAGGAAGAAAAAUUUGUUGCGGGAUUGACUAAACUGCCCCAUCCCCUGGAUGUGAAAUAUGAGCUUUUGAAGUGCGACUUGAAACUUGUUGAUCCUAAAUCCAAGGAAUUUAAGGUUUUGGAGACUUACGCACGAGAAACUGGUGAAUUUAACAAAGGAGUAUGGAAUCUAUUAUGGAGAGGGCCUAAAAUCAAGUAUAUCUGGUCCAUGAGAAGAGAUGAGGAGGAGGAGAGAUUUAAAAGACACGACAAAAUAUCAAACAGGAAGCUGCUCUGGCACGGCACCAAUAUUGCAGUGAUUGCUGCCAUCUUGAAGCGUGGACUCCGGAUCAUGCCUCACAGCGGUGGACGUGUCGGAAGGGGAAUUUAUUUUGCUUCCGAACAUAGAGAAUCUGCUUCAUACGUGCAACGUGCUGGAAGGACAGGUAUAAUGUUUCUGAAUGAAGUAGCCCUGGGUAAUGAGCACAUAAUUACGAAGGACAAUAGUAAAUUGAAGUCCGCGCCACCUGGGUUCGACUGUGUCAUCGCAAAGGGAUGGACUGAACCUGACCCAGAAAAGGACAUAAAAUUGAAGUUUGACGGUAAAGAUGUGGUGGUGCCCCAGGGUACCCCAGUGUCCCAGUCCGAGUACGUCAACAAGAGCAGGUUCGGCAGUAGCGAGUACCUUAUAUACAAAGAAAGUCAAAACAUGAUGCGAUAUCUGGUGAUGAUAGACUUCUAGCGCAUGUCAGCCAGAAAAUACUGUGUACAGGGUUCUUUUCGCCCCGUGUUAAUUUUAACUUCCUACACGUGCAGACAAUUUCGCCCCGUUUUAAAUUCGCCCAGACAUAGUUGUGUUAAAAGAAAGAUACAUUGUGUGAGAGAAAACGGUUUCGCCCACUCUUAAAUUUGCCAAGUUACAACGAGGGCAAAAGGGACGUAAAUAAAGAGGGGGCGAAUAUUUCCCUGUAUACAGUACUGUGUUAUGGUGGACGUCUACAUGUAUAAUCUCAUGGUAGCCAUAAACAUACAUUACUUGCCUUAAAAAAUAAGAACCAAUUUCCUGAUUGUUUUACCAGCUCCGAGUAGAAUUUGUUCAUGAGCAGUCCUUUUGUGUAUUUGCAAUAAAAUGUGUUCAAAUGAUACAUAAAUUUGUAGACCGCCUUUCAUUGAACCCGUGGUUUUGUUUGUCUUAAUGUCUGUUGUUAUGCAUACAUGUACUGUUUAUGAAAGCAGUGUAAAAUUGUAAAUUAUUUCUCAUCAAGUUUCAUGUAUAUCCACAAUUGAGUGAUUGAUUGUAUAAUGUUUAAUAUUUCACUCAUAUGGAGACAUCACCAUUGUGGGAGAAUGGCUGCAAAAUCUAGGCCUAUGCUCGGCGCUUACGGCCUUUGAACAGGGAGGGAGCUUUAUCGUGCCACACCUGCUGUGAUAUGGGGCCUCGGUUUUUGCGGUCUCAUCUGAAGGACCACCCCAUUUAGUCGCCUCUUACGACAAGCAAGGGGUACUGAGGACCUAUCUUAACCCGAAUCCCCACGGGACUGUAACUGCAUAUCCAUGAACUUGUAUAUAUAUUCUGUAGGCUUAAUUUAUAAUGAAAAAUGUAUUUUAUGUUUUUGAUUUAAUUGUUAUUUACUUGUGAUGUAUGCUAGAUUACUGAAUCAGUUGAAAGUUUAUGUGGUUAUGAAUAUAUUUAGCAUGUGGAUAAUGUAAACAUAUCCAUAAUAUGUUAUACAAUUCAUGUAAAAAUUAAAUUCAAAGUAUACAAACUGUUGUGUGUUAACAAUUAAAAAAUCAAGAUUGAUUUUAAAAUCUUUAAAAUUUUAAAACCUU